AUGGAACUCACCCGAUUGCUGGGCAUCUUCCUGGUGCUGCUGUUACCAUACGUAUCUCCGCACCGUGAUCGGAUCAUUGGAGGCCAUGAAUGUAAUGAGUGUGAGCAUCCCUUUCUUGUGCUGCUGUUCAGUUUAACAGAGCCUUAUUGCUCUGGAAUACUGAUCAACUUAAAUUGGGUGCUCACUGCAGCUCACUGCUGUAAGAGCGGUGAUAUUGUGAUCAGGCUCGGAGAGCACGACUUGGAAGCAUCUGGCCACGAGCAGAUGAGGACAAGCAAAAGAACUAUUUUAUACAACAACAACAGCAAUUGUGAAUGUGAAUGCAAAGACGACAUCAUGCUGAUCGAACUGAAUGAAGCCGCUGUCCUUACAGACUGGGUAGCCCCCAUCAAUUUGGCCACGAUCUGUCCCCCUGUGGGAACCACCUGCACUGUGAUGGGUUGGGGUGCAAUCACAAGUCCUGACGAAACAUUUCCCACUGUUCCUCACUGCGUCAACAUUUCGAUCCUUGAAACGCAGUUGUGUAAGGAUGAAUUUCCAUGCAUCGUGCCUGAGAAUAUCCUUUGUGCUGGGGAUCUUGACGGAGGCAAAGACUCAUGUGGGGGCGACUCUGGCGGACCGCUUAUCUGUAACAAUGAGCUUCAGGGCAUUGUGUCUUUGGGGGGCAACCCUUGCGGCCAGAAGAACAUGCCAGGUGUCUACACCAAAAUCUGCCGAUAUGCCAGCUGGAUCCAGGAACAGAUUGGCGGAAGUGACAGUGGAUCUAGGUCUUAA